GGACGAUCUCUGAAGAUGGAAGCAAAAUCCUUUGAGGGAGAAGGAGCUCCAACAGAGGAAAGAAAGAGGGCACCAUUGCAGGAGCAUGCCCAAGAUUCCCUGUCAAGUGGCAGUAAAGAGAUGUUGCCAGUCCUUCAUCUUUGCAGAGGAGUGGAAACGGCUGCUUCAUGUCUGGCCCAGUCACCAUUUUCCUUUGAGGAGGUGGCUGUGUAUUUCACUGAGACUGAGUGGGCCCUGCUGGAUCCAGGCCAGAAAGCUCUCUACAGGGAUGUCAUGCUGGAGAACUCUGAGAUUGUUACCUCUCUGGCAGCAGAUGUACAAGAGACAGCUGAGGAAUUCCAGGGGUUCUCUUUGGAAAAACCCAAUAAUGAAGAUGCCGAAGGACACUAUGGAGAUGAAUCACAGAGGCAGGAGGGAAGCUAUACAGCAGGUGACAAUCAGAGGAAUGAGGAGGAUGAGGAACAGCAUCCUCAAUUGCCAGAGGAAGUGAAGAAUGAAAACUUGGGAGGAAACUUCAGCAAUCAAGUUCGGCCUAAGAGGGAGGAAAGAAGCCAGGUUGUCAAGAAGAUGAGUAAAGCCAUUCCUUGCCAAGGGGGGCAUUUCCAAGAAGUCUUUCCCAUGGUGAAGAAAACAUACAAGUCCUUGGUGUGUGGAAUGAACUUCCCAGAUCAAUCACAGUUAAAGGUCGAUUUACAAAUGCAGAGUGGAAAGAAAACCCAACAAUGGCCGGAGUCUGGAAAGAGCAUGAUUCACAGAGCAGAACUCCUUAGAUGGGAAAAAACACAUUCAGGAGAGAAACCUUAUAGCUGCUCAGAGUGUGGCAAGAGAUUCUCAGAGAAAUCAGGCCUUGUUCAACACCAAAGGAUUUGCUCAGGACAGAAGCUAGUUAUUAGGUCUGAGAUAGGAAUGGCAUUCUCCGAAGGAGGAAAAGGUAAUGUACAUUUUCCAAAACACAGUAUAGUGAAUGCAAAUAAAUUCUUUUGGUGCAGAAAGUACUUCAGAUACAGAUCACAACUCCUUGUGCACAAAAAAAUCCACAGAGGGGAGAAGCCUUUUGAAUGCUCAGAGUGUGGGAAGAGAUUCAGUCGGAGUGGCACUCUUCUACAGCAUCUAAGAACCCACAAAAGGGAGAAGCCUUUUGAAUGCUCAAUGUGUGAGAAAAGAUUCAGUUGCAAUGGCAGUCUUCAAAAGCAUCUAAAAAUCCACACUAGAGAGAAACCUUUUGACUGCUCUGCGUGUGGGAAGAGAUUUAAUGAGAGUGGCACUCUUCAGCAGCAUCUAAGAACACACACAGUGAAGAAGCCUUUUGAAUGCUUACAGUGUGGGAAGAGAUUCACUCAGAGUGGCAUUCUUCAGCAGCAUCUAAGAAUCCACACAGGAGAGAAGCCUUUUGAAUGCUCAUUGUGUGGGAAGAAAUUCCGUUGGAGUGAUGGUCUUCAAAAACAUCUAAGAACUCUCACAGGGCAGAAGCCUUUUGAAUGCUCAGUGUGUGGGAAAAGAUUCACUCGGAGUGGCACUCUUCAAGAGCAUCUAAGAAACCAUGCUGGGGAGAAGCCUCUUGAAUGCUCAGUGUGUGGGAAGAGAUUCAGUCGCAAUAGCGAUCUUCAAAAACAUCUAAGAACCCACACAGGGGAGAAACCCUUUGAAUGUUUAGAGUGUGGGAAGAAAUUCAGUCGCAGUGGCAAUCUUCAAGAGCAUCUAAGAACACACACAGGGGAGACGCCUUUUCAAUGCUCAGAGUGUGGGAAGAGAUUCAGUCGCAGUUGCACUCUUCAUAAACAUUUAAGAACUCACACAGGGGACAAGCCUUUUAAAUGCUCUGAGUGUGGAAAGGGAUUCAGUCAGAGUGACUAUCUUAAAAAUCAUCUAAGAACCCAUACAAGGGAGAAGCUUUUUGAAUGCUCCGAGUGUGGGAAGAGAUUUGGUCGCAGUGGUACUCUUCAGAAUCAUCUAAAAACCCACACAGGGGAGAAGCCUUUUGAAUGCUCCGAGUGUGGGAAAAGAUUCAGUCAGCGCAGCCAUCUUCAAAAUCAUCUAAGAACCCAUACAGGGGAGAAGCCUUUUGAAUGCUCUGAGUGUGGGAAGAGAUUUGGUCGCAGUGGUAGUCUUCAAAAUCAUCUAAAAACCCACACAGGUGAAAAGCCUUUUGAAUGCUCUGAGUGUGGGAAGGGAUUCAGUCAGAGCAGCCAUCUUCAAAAUCAUCUAAGAACCCAUACAGGAGAGAAGCUUUUUGAAUGCUCCGAGUGUGGGAAGAGAUUUGGUCAGAGUGGUACUCUUCAGAAUCAUGUAAAAACCCACACAAGUAAAAAGCCUUUUGAAUGCUCCAAAUGUGGGAAGGGAUUCUGUCAGAGCAGCCAUCCUCAAAAUCAUCUAAGAACCUAAUCAGGGGAGAAGCCUUUUGAAUGCUCCAAGAGUUCAAAUAGAUUCACUCAGAGUGACACUCUUCAAAAUCCUCUGAGAACCCAAACAGGGGAGAAUGCUUUUGAACACUCAGAUGUAAAGAGCGAUUCCAUCAGUGUGGCAAUCGUCAAAAGUGUUGAAGAAGCUACACAAAUGGAAAGCAGGUAACUGCUUAGCCCAAAGUUGUGGAACUCUCUUUUUCUGCUGGGACAUGUGUGCCAUAAAAUGUUAUGCUAGGUACUGGAGAUAAUAAAUUUCAGAAAAGACACAGGCAAACCCUGUUAACAAUGUAAUUUUUUACUCAAAAUGCAGCAAACCCAGUUAACACUAUAAUUUUUUACUCAAAAUGCAAACAUGCUUAAAACAUUAUUUCCGUAAUUUAACUGUCAUUGAUAACUGACCUCUCUUGCUCUGAAUUAUUGCUUCAAAAUCUGGAGUCAGUGUCUGAGCUGCAGCUGAGAAAGUACUUUUGAUUUAUGGGCAUUUAUUAAAGAAAAUAGCUGUUCUCACACUGUCCAAAACAUAGACAGAAUUUUAGAAGCGAAAGCCUUAAGCAUGCUUACGUAUUCUAUCACCCCUCGGCAUCAUCGGCCCUUGCAGAAGAAAUGCAGGGGAAGCAGCGCCUUCAUGCCUCCCUUGUGAAUAAGGAGGGGAGAAAGAUUGGUAUGUUCAUCCGAAAAGCCUACUCCUCUUCGACCUUGAACUGGAGAUUGCAAACUAUCCACCAUCAGGGAAGGCGUAUCAGCUCUUGCAGUGGGAGAAACUGGUACUUACCUGGACUUUCUUCCAGAAGACAAGAAACCCCUGGUCAGACUGGUGCAGGCAGAAGCCACCUGCCUGUCCAAGCAACAGAUCAGUAUGGGUAAGCACUCCGCUGAGAGCUGCCAAGAUGAUGGCAUUGGCCCUGGUGUUGGGCAUCAUGUUUGGCUCUGUUCUACCGCCAUUCUGCCUGAAAUGAGACAGAGGGUGGGAGACUUAGAUUAAGAAGAAGAAGAUAUUGGAUUUAUAUCCCGCCCUCCACUCCAAAUUUCAGAGUUUCAGAGCGGCUCACAAUCUCCUUUACCUUCCUCCCCACAACAGAUACCCUGGGAGGUGGGUGGGGCUGAGAGGGCUCUCACAGCAGCUGGCCUUUUAAGGACAACCUCUGCCAGAGCUAUGGCUGCCAUGGCCAUUCCAGCAGGUGCAAGUGGAGGAGUGGAGAAUCAAACCCAGUUCUCCCAGAUAAGAGUCCGCACAUUUAACCACUACACCAAACUGGCUCUCACUUACCUCUUGAGGGGGCUACUCUGUUUGCCAUCAACACCAACAAGGUGCUGUCCCAGAUCAAAAAAGACAAGCAAAUGUUGAGAUCCUUUGGUAUCCCCCAGGGAUCCCCUGCCCCUUACAAGGCUUGCCACACCUAUGGGCCUCAUGGCUAUCAGAUGCCCUACUUCCACCACCCAUACCAGCAGAAGGCAGCUCAGUAUAAUCCUGUGCCCCUUCCAAGGGCACAUGGGCCAAGACAGAUAUAGGGCUGCGCACAGCAGGGACCUUCCCCACAACAGCCCCAGGUCAAGGACUAGUAAUAGCAGGGCUUGAAAGGGUCUUUCGGACUACCACCCGUGGCAGACCCCACACCCAACUUUUGCCUGGGCAGGCUGAAACCUUUUGUACAGACCUGGGGCUGGGUCUUGGUCAUAGUGCAAGAGGGGGUACAAGCUAGAGCUUUGGCAAAGGGCCCCCUAACAUCUGGAUGGAUCACUUGAUAAUUCCCUCCCAGAGCUUCAACAGGAGGUAACCUCUCUGUUAGGCAUGGGUGCACUUCAGAGAGACUCAAAAGUGUGAUCUUGUCACAGUUUCUUUUCUCAUAUCCCCCCUCAUCCUUAAGAAAGAUGGGUUUCUGACCAAUUUUAGAUUUAAGGGGUGUUAAUUUUAUUCUCAAGGUUACAACAUUCAAAAAGUUAGCAAUAUCUUCUGUUUUUAAAAUGUUGGAAUUAAACUUUUGGUAUUGCAUGCUAAA